UAUCGGACGCAGUGUGAAUCCUCCAUUACAUCAUGGUUACAAGGAAAUCUUCGCUUUGGCCAUUCUCAGACUUUUUCCUGAUUUCAAUUUAUAUGUGUAUAAAUUUCUUUCGCGAAAUAAAUAUUGAAAAGAGACAAUUUGUCUUCUAAGUUUAUGGUAUAGAAUGAUAAAAUGGCACAUUUAGGAGAACAAAUCUUACAGACACAUAAGAAUAAUACUGAGAAUGAGGGUUUAACUAUUCAGAUUCAAAAUAGCUCAGUAUUUCUUAUAGCCUUAUCAUUUGCAUGUGAGGCAUUGAUAUCAUGUACUAAACAACUGAAUUCAAUAGAUGAAGAAUGUGGCGAUGGAAAUUAUGGUAACAUACUUGCACAGAGUGCUAAUGCCAUAAAAAUAGAGAUGAAGGAAAACAGAAUUUCAACAAGGCCUUCUAUAGCUUUUAUACAAAUAAGUAGAAUUAUUGAAAAAGUAUCAGGUGGUUUAGAAGGUGGAAUAUACUCAUUAUUUUUCGAUGCUGCUGCCAAAAGCUUUCAAAAGUUUCAAAAUGACAAACAAUUAACAGCUGAUAUAUGGUUAGUUGCUUUGUCAUCUGCAAACCAAGUAAUAUCGGAAAUCAGUGGAAUAUCAAUACGUGACCGCUCUAUGCUGGAUGCUUUAAUAUCUGCUGAACUUAAAUUAAAAGAUUCAUUAAAUCUUGAUUUAAAUCCUAUCAAUGCAUUUGGAAAAGCUGUUGAAGCAGCUGAGACUUCUGCUAUGCAAACCUUACACAUGCCAGAACAUCGUUUUGGUUUUACAAAUCAUAAGACAUUCAAAUAUCCAGAUUCUGGAGCACAUGCUGUAAGUAUCUGGAUGAGAGCUGCUUAUGAAGGUGUCAAAUUGAAAUUCAAUUGUCAAUAUGAUAUGUAAAACAGAAAUAAAAUAUCUUUUGUUA